AUGUUGCUGCAUUUUGUCCCCUCCCCUCCCACUCCCAACCCCUCUUCCUCCUACCCCCACCCCUCCCCCAAUCAGGGUGCAUGGAGUAACCGUAGGGCAGUGAGCCCUCCCUCUUGGUCCCAGCAGGACCCCUCAGAGGGGGGGUGGGACGGCCCAAAAAACAGGCAGCUGCAGGAGGCGCCCGUCUGGAGCAUGAGAGUGGUAAAUGGAGUGCUCUUAUGAUGUCCAUGUCCAACCCCCCCUCCCUCCCUUUCACUCAGUGGUUUAGCCUGGCCAGGUGGGGACAGGUUAGGACGUGACACAGCACAUGGUGCCACCUGCAGAGAUGUAGUAAGCAUUUAGCUUUGUUAGCAUUGCCGGGACAACAGGAAUCCCAGACUGAUAUUAGAGUGAAACAAACGUGAAACAGAGCUCAAUACAGUCUGGAUAUCCAGGCUACCCCAGACCCCCCUGUCUGUCACCCCCACCGCAACCCUUUAGUCCUGACAUUGUGACAUUAAUCCACUUUGACGCUAACGCUCCACAACAAGCUCCUCUCUCGCGCACGCUCUGAUGAGUUCAUAAACUCCACUGUUAUGUCGUCCUGUCUGAGCUAACAAGGUAAAGAUAAAACUCCUUCACAACAGCUGCUUCACAACAUGGCUCAAUUAUUAUACUUCAAUCUAUCACUGAUCUGAACGACGUGUGGUCUCAUAUCAGUUACAGUAUAUACACACUUCAUACCUCCCUCUCGCUCACUCGUGCGCGCUUGCUCCUCUUUUCCUUUCACUCCUUUCUCUUUCCCUGUCUCUCCUCUCUUUCUCUCCUUCCUCUCUCUCCUUCCUCUUUCCAUCUCUCUCCUUCCUCUUUAACUCUCUCCUUCCUCUUUCCCUCUCUCCUUCCUCUCUCCCCUCUCUCCUUCCUCUCUACCCUCUCUCUUCUUUCUCUUCCCCUCUCUCUCCUUCCUCUCUCCCCUCUCGUAUGCCAUGUCUCCUCUUAUCUAAUUCUGCACUCUUUCUUUUCUCUGUUCCAUUCCCCUCUUCCUAUUUCUCCAUUCUUUGUUACUGUUUUGCUCUCUCUGACAUUCUCUUCCCUCCACACACACACACACAAACUCCUCACCCUCUUGUCUCUCUCUCCUCACACUCUCUCCCUCCUGUCUUGCUCUCUCCUCACACUCUCUCCUCUCGCUCCUGUCUUAAUGUCUCUCUCCCCCCUCACUCUUUUAUCCUGCCCUCUCUCUCCCACACAGGGUCGUGGUUCUGGCUUCCCUGGAAGGCGGAGGCCCCGCGGGGCCAGCCUGUCUGGGCGCGGGGGCCGCGGACGCUCCCGAGGACUCAAAGUCGACACCAUCCCCGCCGUGACCCCUGUGGUAGGAGCCCUCACCCCCCCCUCCACCGCCUCCCUCCAUCCCCUCCCUCUCUCUGCCCUCCCUCCUCCUCUGCAUAUAUUAAUAAAACAGUGGCCAAAUGUGCUUAGCUUAGCCUAGAGAGCGCUCUCAUAUUAGCAAGAGAACAGUACACUCAAGCACGGAAAGCUUUUGGCAUGAGGGGUGGUAGGGAGGGAGGAGGGGUGGUGGGGAGAGAUGCUAUUUUAUAUAUGGCGGUGGGCAGGGAACUGACAACCACCCACUAAAAACUGUGGGUGGUUGAUGCGGAAAAUGUGUUCAACAUGGAUUUAUAUACUAUACAUUGUGGGCACCUUUAAGGUAGACACAGAAAAAGUGUCAAUUCUGUAUUGAGUGUACGAGCUAGAUAGUUAGAUUUUAGGUGAGAGCGCGCGCACACACAACCUUACACACAGUCUCCCCCUUACACACAACCUCCCCCGACACACACAAUCACACCUUCUCCCACCGAGCAAACAUGUCUUGGCCUGGUUGAGUGUUAUUGGAAUCCAAUCCAAUACGGGAGGUAGGUGGUAGGUAGGAGUAAUAUUGUAACCAGAUCUGUUCAGCCAGCCACUAGGCAGCCUGCAUGUUGACACUUGGGCGGCAUGGUAAUGCUGAGAUGAUGAACCCUGCUGCCUGUUUGUCACUGUGGAUGACAUAAUAAUAUAUUGACACACAGUCUGGAGGUGUGACAGCUGGUCACAUGAGAACGUCUUCCAUGUCCUAGACGUAGAUCAGGCCUAUUCCUGGGAGAUAUUUUCUACCUCAAUUGAAAAAUACUGUAUGGGACCAAGCGCUAUUUAAUUUUUUAUCUCAACUUUACAGAUUUUAAACACAAUCUUACCAUCUGUUUUAAUUUCAAUAUUUUUUCUAAUAAUCUGUUAAUCAACCCUUGCUUGUGUGUGUCCGUACAUGUCUGUGUCCGUGUGUGUGUCUCCAGGCCAGCUUUGUGGAGCAGCUGUACGCGAUGAAAGAGGAGGAGGAGAACGCCAUGCACAACACUGUGGUCAUGUUCUCAACCUCAGACCACUUCACUCUCAGACAG